AUGGCGGUUCGUGCCCAAUUCGAGAAUUCAAAUGAAGUCGGUGUCUUUGCUACAUUGACAAAUUCAUAUGCCUUGGUGGCAGUAGGUGCAAGUGAAAAUUUCUACAGUGUAUUCGAAGCAGAACUCCAAGAUGUUAUCCCAAUUUGCCAUGCGACAAUCGCAGGAACUCGUAUCAUUGGACGUUUGACAGCAGGUAACAAGAAGGGACUUUUGGUGCCAACGAGUACGACGGAUCAGGAAUUGCAACAUUUGAGAAAUAGUUUGCCAGAUGGUGUCAAGAUACAGAGAAUAGAAGAGAGACUCUCAGCUCUCGGAAACGUCAUAGUAUCCAACGACCAUGUCGCACUCGUCCAUCCGGAUCUCGAGCGCGAAACCGAAGAAAUUAUCGCCGAUGUCCUCGGAGUCGAAGUAUUUCGUCAAACAAUCGCUGAUAACGUCCUUGUCGGAUCCUACAUGGCACUUUCCAACCAAGGUGGUAUCGUGCAUCCUAAAACCAGUAUCCAGGAUCAAGAUGAAUUAUCUUCGUUAUUACAAGUUCCAUUGGUUGCGGGUAGUGUGAACAGAGGUAGCAGUGUUGUAGGUGCGGGUAUGGUUGUUAACGACUGGAUGGCGGUUACCGGGUUGGACACUACAGCUACAGAAUUGAGCGUGGUAGAGAGUGUGUUCAGGUUAGGUGAAGGACAGGGUCCAAGUGAUAUUGCGGGAAAGAACAAGGAUACUAUGGUGGAGAGUUUCUAUUAA